CAGGAGUUGCGAUUGCAGACAUCACCAAAGAUUCGAAAGAUUUACAAUUGACGAACUUUAUUUUGGGAAUUCUACCAAAUAACCCGAAAGGAAAUGGAACUACUAGUACCUCUCCAUCCACACCCACAUCAUCUACAUCUCAGUCAUCUCCGCCCAAUACAGGUAAAAUAGUGGGUGGUGUAAUAGGCUCCAUUAUUUUUGUUAGCGCAUUAGUAGCUUUUGGCACCAUAUUGUAUCGAAAAAGGCACAGAGCGAAAAUGUCUAAUCCGCUCAUAGAUAUAAAUAAUCAAGCUUGCUCUGAUACAAAUCCUCAGGUUUACUCUGAUAUAAAUUUUCAGGCAAUGAGUCAGGAUUCAUGCAAUCUAUCACCGACUAAACCAAAAAUUCUUGUUGGAUACUAUCCCGCUUAUAAACAUUAUUCAACGCCAGAGCUAGAUUUUAAUGUCAGCUCAUCAAUUAAUUACCUAAACUUUAUUGCAUUUGGCCCGAAUGACCUUGUUAAUAAUGGCGCAAAUCCUAAUGUUGAUGGAGACCCAUUUGUAUUUUUUCAAAUCCAAUUUUCCAAAUUUAGUCAACUGUUAAAUUAUAAGACGAGAAAUAAUCUAAAAUUUAAGAAUAAUUUAACUAAAAUCUUUAAUAAACAGUCUAAUGAUCUGAAUCAGGAUGGAGUAAGAUUAACUGAUUUUAUUUAUGUUUUGAUUAUUUGGGUGCCGCCAGUAAUUCUUGAAUUUCGAAUUUUAACGGA